AGCGUCGCGGAAAAGAGGCCUCAAAAAUGAACUUCACGAUGUUAACACGCCUUUUUUAGAAUAGGAGGAUAAUAGCAUUUUUAAACUGUUUUUAUUUGUAUGUUGAUUAUAUGUAUAUAUAUAUUAUUAACCUUCAAAUGUGUUAAAUUUUUAGUUAAUGAAGACAUACAGAUAUACUGUUGCAGGCAUUCAGCACAACUGUCUUCUUAAUUCAUUAAGACACAUAUAUUUCUACUUUGCAUCUCUUGCGUCGUCGUGAAUCGAUGCUACGUGAAAAAACUGCAAAUGUCAUGCGUGACAUUGCAACCGACUUAUUAAUCAUGCACUAGUACCUACAUAAUUUUUUGUCGCCAUUACUUUUAACAUGCCCGCUUCGAAAGAAAAAGCAGUUCGAAUAUUUAAUGAGCUUUGUCCCUCACUUUUAAAAAGUUUAUGCAUACGCGAUGUUAAAAGAGAAUGCUCCGUGAAAUACGAGGUAACAUGGGUUCCUGUAGAAAUAGCAACCGCCAGUUUCUCAUAACCUUCCGAUAUGGAUGAUUCCAAGUACUCGGGACAAAAAGGAAGAUUUCGAAUGGGCAGUGAAAUUGAAUCGUGCGGGUCUGAAUUUGAUUGGGCUAUGGCCAACUCCACAAGAAAGUACCAGACAAAGAUUAAUCAACAAUAUACGUAUCGUUUUUACAUUUCUAGUGGUGACAAGUUUAUUGGUGCCUUCUAUUCAUUCAUUAAUUAAAACUCAUUCUGAUAUCAUGCUAACAAUAGACAAUUUACAAAUUACGUUACCAGUUCUUAGCAGCAUUAUAAGGCUCCCAAUAUUUUGGAGAAGAAAGAAAGCUCUCACGUUGAUCAUAAACAUGAUCGUCCAAGACUGGUUAACUACAAAAAACAUCCGUGAAAGAAAAACAAUGAUAAAAUGGGCGUCACGUGCACGUAUAUUUAUUAUAUGCACAUAUAUAAUUAUAGUGACCUCGAUCAUAAUAAUGUUUGUCAUACCUAUUUUCGGAAAAUCAAUGACUUUGGCAUUGAAUAUCACUGAUUCGGGCAAAUCAUUGCCCCUAUCAACUUUUUACAUUUACGAUGUAACAAAGAGACCACAGUAUGAAUUGACAAUUAUUAAUCAAUGCAUCUCUAUGAUCACUGCAGCAAUUCUUUAUACAGGAAUUGACAAUUUUUUUGGGUUAUUAGUUUUUCAUAUUUGCGGACAAUUGAACAUUGUGAGGAAUCGUCUCAAACAUAGUCAUAAAAAUUUUCAUGCUGUAUUGAGAAGUAGUGUGAGGUAUCAUAUUCGAUUACUCAGAGCUAUAAAUAUUAUAGAAGAUACGUACAAUGUGAUCCUUUUAAUAUUGUUUCUAUAUUAUCUAAUAAUGUUUGCAUUCUGCGGAUUCCUAUUAGUUACUCUGUUUGAAGACGAAGGAAAUGAUAUAUCGGUAACGCGUUUGUCAUUUCUUUUGCUUAUUAUCAUCUCCAUGAUCGUACAUAUGAGUAUUUAUUGCGCUGUUGGCGAAGCGUUAAUGACAGAAAUCAAUGGAAUUCAUUAUGCGGUAUAUGAUUGCGAAUGGUAUAUCCUGGAUCCAAAAAACGCAAAGGACUUAAUCCCAUUUAUAAUUAAAGUUAGUGAGCCAAUAUAUUUCACUGCUGGGAAAGUAUUUCCUAUAACAAUGGCUAUGCUUGGCAAUGUAAGAUAUCUCUCUCUCAGAAGUGUUGGUACUUUAGCAUGCAUAUUACAUAUAUAUACAUAGCAAACACGCAUGUGCGCGUGCGCAUAAGUGUAUGUGGUUUAUUCUUUUGUAAUAUAUACUUGUUAUAGAAUAUUAUCAAGUUUUGAUUAUUCAAACAAAAGUGUUAGUUUGUAAUAUAAACAUAGUUUAAACUGUAUUAAAGGAUUAAAACUUCAACACUA